CCUCGUCUCUUGUCUUGGCCUCCGACCUGGAUAUCUUCCUUGGCUGGUCCACUCCUCUUGGCACGUUCGUGAACUAGUAUUUUAUGAAUGGAAUGGCCGCAAACGGCCACUUGUUGCUCCCCGACUUUCUUCCCCAGUCUUCUGAUUCCUGUUCCUAUCGUUGCUUCUACGAAGUAUACACUUAAUUUACCUCUAUCUCCCCCUAUUCGAGGUCAGGGAACUGUCUCUUGACCUCACAGACUUCGUCCGAUCUCCGACAUAACCCCACCUUAUCCCCGAUGCCGUUGACCAUCCUCUCCCAGGCACAGCUCCGCUCGCUGCUGCUCUCUCUCACCCGCGAUGAAAUUGUCUCUCUACAAACAAACCUAGCCCAUGCACUGCGAGAGUACUCGACGGGCAACCAAGAAAAUGGUUGUGCCGCCACCUACCAACCGCAGAGGACCGCCAUCACCCGACGGAAUGGCUGCACGACCUUGUUCAUGCCCGCCACGACGGGCCAGACACUCGGUAUGAAGAUGGUCUCGUUGCAGGAUGGAGGCGCGGCCGGCUGUGCGGUCGAAUCCAAGGGCAGUCUCACCGAAGGCGAAAAGACGGUGUCGCGGACCCGAAGCGGACACAGCCAUCGAGACUCGGUGUCUUCGCUCUCCUCGGACAUGAGUGACCUGUCCGUUUCGUCGCAGGAAAACGGCAGCAGUGCCGGUGGCAGUACCGGCGGUACUGGUGGCUCCAGCACUUCAAGCAGUCAAUCCCUGCCGUCUGGCUGCGUCAACCAGCAGCCCGUCAAUACCGGCAUCUCCAACACCAUGGGAGCGUGGCCCGGGGCGGGCGCCCGAGACACUUCACCGCAGGGCAGUCUAACGCUGCUGGGUGAGGACAGCAUGCCAUUCGGACUGAUCAACGCGCACGAGCUGACGCCCUUCCGCACCGCCCUGACGGCGAUGAUGGUCUUCAGCAAGCGCAAGCGAGUUCGCACGGUCGUCGUCUUUGGUGCCGGAAAGCAGGCCUACUGGCACAUUCGAUUGGCUCUGACGCUGCGGGGAUCCGACAUCAAACGGGUCUUCAUCGUCAACCGGUCCUUCGACCGAGCCGCCGAGCUCUUACGGGACAUCUACUCCCCGGAUAACUCGAGCUGGCGCGGUGACGUCAAGUUCUCUGCCGUCAGCACGGACUUCGUCGAAUACACUCGUAUCAUCCAUGAUGCGCUGCACAAGGCCGACGCGAUCUUCUGCUGCACGCCGUCCAUUGAGCCCCUCUUCCCUGCCGAACUAUUGACCUCCAAAGAGGCCCGGAAAAAGGGCCGCUUGAUCAGCGCCAUUGGUUCGUACAAACCGCAUAUGACGGAACUCCACCCGGAUAUCCUCCGCGACGAAGUCGACGUCCAUCACUCCCACCGCCACUUCCACAAGCAUGUCAAACGCAGCGGUGUGAUCGUCGUCGACAGCCUUGAAGCCGCGCUCAAGGAAGCGGGCGAAAUCAUCCAGGCGGAGAUCAAGCCGAAGCAGGUGGUCGAAUUGGGCGAGCUCCUAAUGGUGCGACACGCAGCACAGGAUAUGCCCGAGGAUGACGACGACAGUAAAAGUCUGAGUGACUGGGUGCAGCGCGGUAAUGUGAUUUUCAAGAGUGUAGGAAUGGGCCUGAUGGAUCUGAUCACCGGUGGAGAUUUGGUUCAGCUCGCCCGGGAGAGGCAGAUUGGCACCACGGUGGAGGAGUUUUAGACUAUUCUUUUCCCCCUUUUCAUCCCCUUUCUUUCGGUGUAUUCUAAUGGGUAAUGAUCAUUCUUCUUAUUUUUAUGCGAUGCCGAAAUCUGGUGGACUUUUCCUAAUAGAAACCUAGCUAUUGUUUCCA